AUGACCGAAAGUAAACUAGCGUCUUUAUCACCAACUUUUCAAUUACAACAAGAUUCAUACUCAACAUUACCUUUAACAAGGUAUGAAGACAUUCAAUUAAGGAUAAAUAAGCCAGCUGCAACAGAUUCCAAAGAAAACGAUAAUUUAUCAAAAAUUUUCUCUUCGCAGAACAUUUACAAAUCACAGACCAAUACAAAGCAAGCAAUAACACCGACACAAAUCAAUUCCAGACAUCAAUAUUUCAAAAAGAUUCAUUCUCCAAAUCAAAAACGCGCAAUGUAUAUCAUUGUAUGUGCAGCUACAUUUGUUGUUUUCUUAUUUUUAUUUUUCAUCAAUGUUUUUCCAGAUUUUACGCUUUUUGUGUCAUUAAUCAGUUUUAUUCUCACGGUUAUAGGAAUUAUUGCCUUCUCAAGGCAUGACCAGAAGACCAAAAUGCCAAUACAUACCUAUUCUCUUAAUGCAGCCUUACCAAAAACAGAAUUUGCAAUUCCAUCUUCUCCAUCGAGCAUUUUCGCCAAAGAACCAACAUAUAAUUCAAAUCUUCCUAACAUACAAGCCCCUACGAACAUUUACCGCCCAUACAUUAUCUCAGAUCGUCCAAAAUCUUCGUUACAACAUUCUCAAUUCAGACUUGACCAAGAUACAAGCAUAGAUCAAUUGGCCGGCAACACAUUGAACAUUCUCGGUCUCAGUUCCGUCAAAUUCAACAAAUAUCUUGUGAAUAUGAAAGCUUUUAUUCAAAAAAGCGUUUUACAGAAACUUUCAUCGAAGCUUGGCCUCUCGGACAACGUUGUCGAAGCUAUGGUAUCAAUCCCUAACUACGAACAUUGCAGCCAAUACGUUCUUCACCGUAUUAAUACUUUGGCUUCAGCUGCUUAUUUGGCCGGCCACUUUGGCGAUCGUGGCGACCGCUGGAAUGAAAGGGAAUGGACGAAUGAGCUUCCAAGUGACAAUCAGAUCAUUCUCCACAUCAUAUCUGUUUGGAUUUCAUCUUUGAUAGGUGGAAUCAAGAACACAAAGAGGCUCCAGUUCAUUUUCAAGCAGAGAUACGUCUACAUCGGUGAAAAUCCAGUAACAGAUACUGAUGAUGACAUAAUGCUUUGUUCCGACGAUUGGAGCAACUUCUACGUGCUCUGUAAGUACAAGACACAAAACGUGGAGAGGUUUUACGCACUCCCAGGAAGAGAUUCGAUGUACGCAGCGUUGACAAUCUUCUUUUUCAUUGUAAAGGAGAAACACAAGUUCUUCCUUGAAGGUUGUGAUUUCACUGGUUCACCUUUCUUCAUGGAUAAGGUUUAUUCGGCAGCCAGAUUUGAAUAA